AUGAAUACGUUCAGACUGAUAACAGGUAUACCAGGCCCAAGUGGGUUUGGAUCAGCUUCAACUGCUGAACAGGUCACUGAAGGGAUUGAUGCUACCAACCUCACUGCUAUUAUUACUGGAGGGGCUAGUGGGAUUGGGUUAGAGACAGCCAGAGUUUUAGCUCUUCACAAAGCUCAUGUUGUUAUUGCAGCAAGGAACAUGGAGGCUGCAAAUCAAGCAAAACAGCUCAUCCUUAAGGACAACGAUACUGCUC